GACCUGGAUGGCGGGCUUGACCUGGAGGAGUUUAGCCGCUAUCUGCAGGAGCGGGAACAGCGUCUGUUGCUCAUGUUCCACAGUCUUGACCGGAAUCAGGAUGGUCAUAUUGAUGUCUCUGAGAUCCAACAGAGUUUUCGAGCUCUGGGCAUUUCCAUCUCUCUGGAACAGGCAGAGAAAAUUCUGCACAGCAUGGACCGUGACGGCACAAUGACCAUCGACUGGCAGGAAUGGCGUGACCACUUCCUGCUGCAUUCUCUGGAAAACGUGGAAGAUGUACUCUAUUUCUGGAAGCAUUCCACGGUCCUGGACAUUGGCGAAUGUCUGACUGUGCCAGAUGAGUUCUCAAAGCAAGAGAAGCUGACAGGCAUGUGGUGGAAGCAGCUGGUGGCUGGUGCAGUGGCGGGUGCUGUGUCGCGGACAGGCACGGCCCCUCUGGACCGCCUCAAGGUCUUCAUGCAGGUUCAUGCCUCAAAGACCAACCGACUGAACAUCUUGGGGGGCCUACAGAGCAUGAUCCGUGAGGGGGGUAUCUGCUCCCUGUGGCGUGGCAACGGUAUCAACGUGCUCAAGAUUGCACCUGAGUCGGCUAUCAAGUUCAUGGCCUAUGAACAGAUCAAGCGGGCCAUCCGUGGACAACAGGAGACACUGCAUGUGCAGGAGCGCUUUGUGGCUGGCUCCCUGGCUGGUGCCACAGCCCAAACCAUCAUUUACCCCAUGGAGGUGCUGAAGACACGACUGACCCUACGCCUGACUGGCCAGUAUCAGGGGCUGCUGGACUGUGCAAGACGGAUCCUGGAGCAGGAGGGGCCCCGCGCCUUCUACCGCGGCUACCUGCCCAAUGUGCUGGGCAUCAUCCCCUACGCGGGCAUCGACCUGGCUGUCUAUGAGACCCUGAAGAACCGUUGGCUCCAGCAGUAUAGCCAUGACUCAGCAAACCCGGGCAUCCUCGUGCUCCUGGCCUGCGGUACCAUCUCCAGCACCUGCGGCCAGAUAGCCAGUUACCCCCUGGCCCUGGUCCGGACCCGCAUGCAGGCCCAAGCCUCCAUCGAGGGUGCCCCCCAGCUCUCCAUGCUGGGGCUGUUCCGUCACAUCCUGUCCCAGGAGGGCGUGUGGGGCCUCUACAGGGGCAUUGCCCCCAACUUCAUGAAGGUUAUUCCAGCUGUGAGCAUCUCCUAUGUGGUCUACGAGAACAUGAAGCAGGCCCUGGGGGUCACAUCCAGAUCCCAGAUCCCCAUGCCUCAAGCCCUGGAUAUCCAAGGUCAGCCACUGGAUUCUGGAUGUCAAGAAACCUCAGCCACCGGAUCCUGACAAUGCAUUGCCUAGAUCCUGGGGGCCCCACCACUGGAUCUCAGAUCCCCUCACACCAACCACUGGAUUCCUGAAUUCCUUUACCUCAACACUGGGUUCCAGUUCCUUCUGCGUCAACUACUGGAUCCCCACAUUUCAAGCACUAUGCCCUCAACCCCCAACCACUGGAUCCCAUAUUUCCAAGCCCUGAUCCACCGGAUUCUAGCUCCUAAAACCACAACUGUGAGAGCCCAACCGUACAGCAAGUGGAUCCUGGCAACUGCAGCCAUUGGAUUCCAGAUUCUAGAUCCCAAAUCCCUUCACCCCAGUAUCUGGAUACUGAAACCUCAUCCCUAGAAGGCAGACUCUGAUACUCCCAAGCACUGGAUCCCAAGCCCUUUACCCCUGGAUUCUCAUCUGAAUCCCCCAGGCACUAGAUCCCAAAUGCUCAGACCCCAACUCUAGAUCCCAAUAGCCCAAUCACAGCAAGCUGGAUCCCAUGCACCCCCAUCCCAGAGACACUGCAGAGCCCAGAUCUCCAUACAUGGGAUCGCAUGGUCUGGGGAGCUUGCAGGGAAGCCCAGGUACCCCACCCCACCCCAUGCCUGUGUCCUGAUAUGGCUUAUCACCAGACAGCAAGGGAAGGGAGGCACCCCCCAUGUCCUGCAUGGACACUGGAUCCCCUCCACCCCACCUGCUCAGCAUGGCCCCACCUUCUGGCCCUGUGGGAAAAUUGCUUUCUCAAACCACCUCCCUCCCACACCCCCACCUGUACUGAAGUGUCUUCCAUUCCCUUCCACCUUGUAAGUUAAUAACCCCCAGAACCCUUGUCCCACUGGAGGGUCCAGUCACUCAUUCUUGGGGGCUGGCAAGGAGGUGAUCUGAGGCUGGUGACACAUUAAGGGGACCUCCUCACCCCAGUACUUCCACCCUUUCCCUAGGCUCCAAAGAGUUGGAAGCCAAGAGCAAAUCUACACGAACCAACCUCCCCUAAACCCAAGCAUCCAAUUACACAAAAAUAAACAAAGAAGCUAAAUCCCAAAAUUCACUCCAGGUCUAUUUUUCUACCAGAGAGGAGCAAAGCCCCCUCCCCCAUCAACCCAAGCCCCCAGGCCUCCCCACCCCCAUACAUUCUGCACUUUAUAGUUGAAUUCUGAGCUUAGGAUAAUUGGGGGGAGGGACCAAUUACUGCAUUCCUCCUCAAUCCUUGGGGAACCCCAUUAAGAGAUUGCAAAAGAGGAACUGGGAUGUUGGGGGGGGCUGGAGGACUCCCCCACACAUGGUUUCCACCUCCAUCCACGCACACCAUGCCCCCACCUCCCUGCCUGUGUGUGUUAUUUCAAAGGAAAAGAACAAAAGGAAUAAAUUUUCUAAGCUCUUU